UGCCGGCGAUAAACGCGCGGAAACGUGCGCGUUUCGUUUGCACACCGAAACAUUUCGCUGAAGCUCGGGACGCCGGAUUUUCAUUUGGAAACGAAUACUCAAGCAUGAACGCUUCGUUCUUGAACGUCAGUGAGCGAAUGCUUCAGUGGUGACGUCGGUAGUAGCAAGCUAUUAACGCUUAGCGAUUGAGGUUGAUAAGCGCGGGAUUUACGAUGAGCGAAUUAAAGAGCGUUCCCGUCGUGGACGUUACGAAAGACAACAUCGCCGAUAUAUGGCCUUCCUUAGUUCUCGCCGUGAAGACAUCCCUCUUUGUAGCUAUAGAUCUGGAACUUAGCGGCAUUGGAAAGAGAAAAGAUAUCAAUGCCAAGUCUGUGGAAGAUCGGUACAUUGCAAUGUCCCGUGUAGCUGACACGAGAGCCAUCAUAUCCAUGGGACUUUCGUGUUUUCGGCAAGAUGCCAGGUCGGCGGAAACUGGCCCACUUAGAUUCACCGUUCAGACAUUCAACAUACUUAUUCUCUGUCAAGAUAAUUACAUCGUGGAGCCCUCGUCGUUGCAGUUUCUCAUCAGUCAUGGCUUUGACUUCAACCGACAAUACUCCCUCGGCGUUUCCUACUACCGAGGCAAUGAUCGCCCCAACCAUCCAGAGGACAACGCGCAUUCCCUCCGCAAGCUAUUCUCAAUGCUGGUCGUGCAUCAGAAGCCCAUUGUCCUGCACAAUGGUUUCAUGGACGCGGUUUUCCUGUACCAUAGCUUGUACCUGGCAUUGCCUCCGUCUCUGCAGACAUUCUUAGCCGACCUGAACGACUUGUUCCCCGGUCGUGUGUACGACACAAAGUACAUUGCAGAAGCCAAGGCUUCUCUGCCAGCGUCGUACCUGGAGUACGUCUUCCGCAAUAGGCAAAGAGAUAAUGCUUGCAAGGAGGCAAAGGGCCGACAGUUCGUCAGCAUCCAGUUUCUUCAGUAUAACCAGGAAUACUCAAUUGACCACGGGGAUUGUGCACUGAGGCAGGAGCCGGCGAAGAUGUCUGCAGACAUCUGCAAAAAUUUCGCUCGGUAUGGCUGGUGCGGCAAGGGCGACCAAUGCUGCGCCUCGCACAACGUUGACGACAUCCUUGACGCCCAAGCAUCCAAACGUCGCAGACGUAACAGAGUUAAAGGGUCAUCGCCCCGUGAUCCCACCAAUGCUUCCGACUCGGAGCACUCGACCAUAGACCUGACAGCCAUGGAAGAGGACGAGGCCGAUAUCGACUCUCCUGAAGAAGUCUCAAACAGAGAGCGCAAAUUCACAACAGGGCUACACAGGGCGGGCUUUGACGCAUUCAUGACUGGAUACGCCUUCGCAACGUUUGUGCUGUCAUACGCAAAGCAUCGUCCCUCAGGCAAUCUUGACGCAGAAGAGUUGGGCCUCAACGAGCUAGUCAACAGGCUGUGUCUCAGUGGGAAGACGGUACCCUUGCUCAUAAGAGAAUCAAACUUUACCAAGCACAGUGCUAAACAUGUCGAAAAGUUUAAGGCUCUCUUUGGUGAUAAGUAGUUACUUCUGUGUUGUUGUUUUUGGUUUCCUUUUCUGUACAUGUGAUAAUCUUCACCAAAGGUGAAAUUGCUACCGAUGCAGCCAGGUAUGCCAAAACACGAGCAGUAAUACAGAUUC